AGCCCCGCCCAUCCACCGCGGACGUCCGCUGCCAUGGCGACCCUGCUACUUCGCUCCUUGCGCCUCUACCGCAGUCUCCCGCACCCUACACCGCCAGCUGUAGAUGUGCCUCUCAGGGCCGGGAGCCAUGGCGCCCGCCUGCUGUACCCGGACCACAUCCCCACCACCUCACUGCAAAAGAUGCUGCUGGCUGCGGGCGCGGCGGGAAUGGCACUCUAUAACCCCUAUCGCCACGACAUGGUGGCAGUUCUAGGAGAGACCACAGGAUGCCACACCCUGAAAUUCCUCAGAGACCAGAUGAAGAAGGAUCCAGAGGGUGCCCAGAUUCUACAAGAGCGUCCCCGGAUCUCACUGUCUACCCUCGACCUAAGCAAGCUCCGGAGCCUGCCUGAAGGCUCUCUGGGCCGUGAGUAUCUUCGCUUCUUGGAUGUGAAUAAAGUCUCUCCAGAUACACGAGCACCUACACGUUUUGUGGAUGAUGAAGAGCUAGCCUACGUGAUCCAGAGAUACCGUGAGGUGCAUGACAUGCUCCACACCCUGCUUGGGAUGCCCACCAAUAUGCUUGGAGAGAUUGUGGUAAAGUGGUUUGAAGCUGUGCAGACCGGCCUACCCAUGUGCAUCCUGGGAGCACUCUUUGGACCCAUCCGCCUCCGUGCUCAGAGCCUCCGAGUACUGUUCUCGGAGCUGAUCCCUUGGGCGAUUCAGAAUGGCCGCAGGGCCCCGUGUGCCCUCAACAUCUACUAUGAGCAGCGUUGGGAGCAGUCCCUGACAGCCCUGCGGGAGGAACUGGGCAUCAGUCCUCCUCCAAAACAUUUCCAGGGUCCAGCCUAGCCUGAGCUGCUACACAGGGAGGACGGAGCCUUCCUCUCCACACACUGCCUUCCUCGAAACAAAGGAGCCCCUCGGCUGCUUUUGUUUCUACUCUUUGAACCUUGAACUCAGAGUGUCACUUAUUAUAAUUUUUAUAGUCAUUGCUACCAUGUGCCUUGAGGGCCAGCCCAGGAGAGAGAGGCGGGGCAGUGGGCCACCAGGCUGCUUCGAGCCAUCAGGAGGGAGCAGUAGGUGUGCCUGGAACAGCUAUCUUGGGUCAUACUGAUAGUUCAGGUUGGAGACCCCACUUUUGGACAGUGACUCUGACAGCGCAUCCUGCCAAACUCUGUCUUUGAAAGCUUGACUACUACAUCGUGUUGCCAAGCCCUGAGCAGAGUGGUGGGAAAGAGGAGUUGUCUCUGGUGUCUAAAUAAAGCUCCAUCAGGCCUAGA